AUGGAUCAAAUUUUGAGUGGAUUGCCUGGAAUCCAGAGUUAUUUGGAUGAUAUUGUGGUUGCUGGAUCCUUUGAAGAGGAGAAAUCUCAAGUGAACCAGUGCAUAUUCUCUCGUGACAGCCAGCUUCUAUUAACAGGUUCAGAUGAUUGUAAUAUCUGUGUCUGGAAUGUUAAAAAUGGAAAGCUUCUUUCUAAAGUAAAGGGUCACACAGGCCCAGUGAAGGCUUGCGCAUUCUCCAAUGACUCUAAGCUCUUUGCUAGUGGGUCUUCUGAUUGUACCGUAAGAAUAUGGAGCACAAAAACAGGAUGGUGUCUGCACAUUCUACAAGGACAUACUAAAAUUGUUGAGACAGUGUGCUUCAGCCAUGAUUCAAGUUUGCUCGCAUCUGGAAGUUGGGAUUAUACAGCUAUUCUGUGGGACACUGUGGCCACUGGAUCCUGGGAUUAUACAGUAAGAGUGUGGAAUUUACGAAGAGCGGGACGAAUGUUCAUCUUGGAAGGCCACAAGGGCAAUGUGAGCUGUGUAGCCUUUUCUAGAAUUGGAAUGCUGGCUUCAGGUUCCUGGGACAAGACUAUACGUGUAUGGGAUCCAAGAAAGGGAUUCCUGAUCUUUCUUCUGAAGGAGCACUAUGGCCGGAUAACGGCCCUAUCAUUCUCCAUGGAUUCAAUUCUAUUGGCAACAGCAGCAGAAGAUGAAACGAUUCGUGUGUGGGAUUGUGAGGACGGAAAGUGUAAGAAGAUCCUUAUGUGUGAUUUGGAUUUCAUUUCCACCUGCCAAUUUUCUCCAAACAAUACACUUCUGGUUGCAGGAACAUCUAAUUGUUUCUUGGCAGCUGGUUCUACAACAUCCCUUCUGCAUCAAGAAGUUUCAGAAGUAAAUGUGAACAGACAAAUAAUAUCAAAGUAG